ACUCUCUCCCACAACCUCCCGUCGGCAUUUCGCGUUGCCCUCAUGUGCCUCGUUCCCCGCACUACCGACAACACCCCUUUUCGUUCCUGUGCAAAACGCUCGUUUUUGCCCGCGCCAGCGUCCUCAUUCCGACCCUAAUUCUCGAUUCGCUCCUCCGCGCGCGACGCUCGCCGUCUGGUUGCCAUGGAGGGAAGCAAUCGUGCUCCGGGCACGGUGGCGGGGUCAGGGACUGAAGAGAGGCCAAAAUCCAAUGGGUCCAGGUUAAAAAGGGAGGACGCGAGCGAUUCAACAAGCCUAAACGGCACCAAAACCGAUACCCGGCCAUCCAGCAUGUCGCCCGACGACGCAAAUUCUGCCACUGACGGCACAUCGAUCCCUGAGAAUGGAAUCGCGCCGAAGUUAUCGCGCAAGUCGUCACAGAAGCUGUCUCGGAGCCCGCCGCCACUGUUCGACCAUCUCCCUGAUGCCACCGAGAAUGCCUGCAGUACAUUUCAGGUGAUCAACGAUUGCCUCUAUGGCUCUAAGAACAUGGGCUCGUCGGAUCACGACGCGCUAGACUGCGACUGUGCUGAAGAAUGGCAUGACAGUCAGAACCAUGCCUGCGGCGAAGAUUCGGAUUGCAUCAAUCGGGCGACGAAAAUCGAGUGCGUUAACGGCGACUGCAAUUGCGGAGAGGGCUGCCAGAACCAACGGUUUCAGCGCAAGCAGUACGCCAACGUCUCGGUCAUCAAGACUGAGAAGAAAGGGUUCGGCCUGCGGACAGAUGCCGACUUGCAGGCCAACGACUUUGUGUUCGAGUAUGUUGGCGAGGUCAUCAACGAGCCGACUUUCCGCAACCGGACGGUCAAGUACGACAAGGAGGGCAUCAAGCACUUCUAUUUCAUGUCGCUGACCAAAAGCGAGUUUGUCGAUGCCACCAAGAAGGGGAACCUGGGUAGGUUUUGCAACCACUCGUGCAAUCCGAACUGCUACGUGGACAAAUGGGUGGUUGGCGACAAGCUGCGCAUGGGCAUUUUUGCCACCCGCGCGAUUCAGGCUGGCGAGGAGCUCGUGUUUAACUACAACGUCGACCGGUAUGGCGCCGACCCGCAACCCUGCUAUUGCGGGGAGUCGAACUGCGUCGGCUUCAUCGGCGGCAAGACCCAGACUGAGCGGGCCACGAAACUGCCGCUUGCGACGAUUGAAGCGCUCGGCAUCGACGAUGGCGACAGUUGGGACACGGCGGUUGCCAAGAAGCCCCGCAAGAAGAAGGCCCAGGAGGACGAUGAGGAGUAUGUCAACAGCGUGCAACCCCGCGCCCUGGACGAGGACGGCGUCAACAAGGUCAUGGCAACUCUCAUGCAGUGCAAGGAGAAGUGGAUUGCCGUUAAACUGCUUUCACGGCUCCAGGCUACCGAAGACGAGCAUCUCCGCCAUAGAGUCGUGAGGAUGCACGGUUACCAGAUCCUGAAGAGCACCCUCAACACCUUCAAGGAGGACACCAAUGUCGUCCUACAGAUCCUCGACAUUUUAUACCAGCUUCCGAGGAUCACGAAAAACAAAAUCUCAGAUUCCAAAGUUGAAGGGGCAGUGCAGCCGCUGGCCUCGGCAGCGCACGAAGAGGUCGCCUUCGCUGCGAAGCGACUGCUUGACGAAUGGAGCAAAUUGGAGACGGCCUACCGGAUCCCGCGCAAGAAGCACGACCAUACAGGGCCAAUCCCCGGCAACUCAUUUGAGGAAGAGCGGCGCAACAAGGACCGCGAGGAGCCGACAAAGCCCGCCGACCCCUUUGCCAACGUCGUGAUCCCGACAGGCCCCCGCAGCACCAUCCCACAGCGAAACGCCAAUUUCUUCACCGGGCAACAGCGGCCCCGGAAACCACCAACCAAUCUGCCGGCCGGCUGGUUUGUCAACACUGACAAGACCGGCCGCUAUUACUUUUACGAUGCGACCGGCAAGACGCAAUGGCAGCGUCCCCUCACCCCCGCCAUCGAAACCCCGAAGGCGUCGGCCAAGGCGCAGCAGGAUCAGAAGGCUCUGCAGAGCAUCAUUGAUAGUUUAACCAAGGAGCCAACGCCGCGGCACUCGGCAGGCCACACACCACAACGGUCUACCACACCGGCAACCGAGCCAAAGAAGGACAAGUGGCGUUCCCUGCCGGUCGAGAAACAGAUGAAGAUCUACGAGAACACGCUUUUCCCUCACGUCAAGCAUGUGGUGGACAGGUUCCACGGCAAACUGCCCAAGGAGGAACUGAAAAAGUUCGCCCGCGAGGUUAACAAGAAGCUUGUCGCCUCGGAUUACAAGAACAACCGGGUCGAGGACCCGACAUCCAUCCCGCCCAAGCAGGCGAAGAAGGUCCGGAAGUAUGCUCACGACUUUUUCGACCGCGCCGUCGCCAAGUACACCGAACACGAGAAGAAGAAGGCUCGUCACCCAGGAAAGCCUAUCCCCGGAGAGGCACUACUCCAAUCGAACGACGCCCCGAGCUCGACCGCGACCCCGGCCAAGGACGACGCAAUAAUGUCCGACUUGGAAGCCGACGCCAGCCCCAGCAGCUCCGCAGGCCGCAAGCGCAAGCGCGACGGCGAGGACGAGCACGACGACCAGGCCGAGUCGCCCGGAGCGCCCCCCUCCGAGACACCGUCGGUCAAGCGCGUCAAGGAGUACGAUGCCGAGGCCGAGGCCGAGGCCGAAGCCGAACCCACCACGAUCCCGUCCCCGCCGACCCCGCCGCCUCCGCCCGCGGAUACCCCGCCGACCGAGGAGGACCGGUCGAUGCGCGAGCAGGAGGAGGCCCUCAUGCGCGAGAACGAGGAGGCCCAGCGGCUCGAGGACGAGGCACAGGCCGAAGAGGACGGGAAGGUGGUUCGCACUAAUGGCGCGGCCGCUGCCGUCACCGUGCCGGUGAACAGGCGGCCCAGUGGCGGGUCGGGGGUGGAUGCUAUGGAGAUAGACACGGAUCAGCCACCGCAGCAGCAGCAGCAGCAGCAGCAGGAGCAGCGGGCCGUGCUGGGUCACUGAGGCCUACCUCGCUCGCUUGCUUCAUUCAUGCCGGAGGGCGGGAAGUGGGAUUGCGUCUGCCGAGGACGUGCGCACAAUACUACGUAUAUUUAAUUGUCCGGGGGUCCUUUAAUGGCAACAAAACAGGAAGGCAGGCAGGCAGGCAGACAGACUCAGAGUCGGUCCCGGGAUUGCGCCACGCAGCGCAAGGGAGACGGCAGAGGAGGACGGGAGAAGAUUUGUUUCAUACGACGGCGGAGGAUACGAUACGAUACCUACUACAUAUUCUAGUUUUCACCCCUUUGUUUUUCUAGACGGAGGCUCUUUUCUUCUCUUUCUCUCUCUCCAGGGCAAGGUGGUGGUGGGAGGGAUUAUACUUGACUUGCUCCUUUUUCUUCCUUCCAAAAAUAACGUGGGGGGUGGGGAGCGGGGGGGCGCUGGUUCCGGUCCGUUGUUGGCGGCGGAGCCGGGAGGGAGGUGGUUACCAGCAACAAAUGGCAUUAGCA